UUUUUUUGUACCUCCAUAUCCGCCCUUCGCCUGGUGGACAAAUGCGGAGACUCAGUGCUCUAUGUACGAUUCCGACUCGACACAUCAAAGCUAAACCCGCCGGCUGAGGGUUCCCGUCAUCGUUCAUGAACCCAGGCUGAGGCACGUAAAUGUGAGCGGGUGACCAAAAGUGACCGAUGGCGUGCUCUGACUAGAUGGAGAUGGAUUGAAGGUAAAGACUCAUCUUUGACUCAACUUCUCGUCCUUAAUUCAACUAAUCUUGGUUUGGAUAUGGACAGACGGCUCUCAUGGAAGGACCGGUGAGCUUGCACAGAUCCCAUGCACAGGUCCUGCACGACGCCUUAAUUCAUGUCGCGGAUUCGCACCUCCAUCCACAAGUCGUCCACUAACCUCAAAACUGACGGCGUCACGACUCGUGAAAUGAACAUAUGUUAUACAGGAAGUACUAGAGACACGUUCGUGCUCUAUCCUCGAUCUGGGCCAGUGCGGCUGACCAUUCAAGCUUUCAACUGUACUCGCUACAUCAGAAAAUAGAUCAGGCACGCUGUAGGUCGUCAUUGAUGGCGUGAGCAUUCAUUCCUCCAUCACCAAGUGCUCCGCUGCGGACAGGUGUGAAAAGAACACUCCUAGGACCCCAUCUCAUUCGACAACAAUCGUCUCUCCACUGAUAAUGUCUUCCUAUAACAACGACUCUUACGGUUCUACCGGUCGCAAAGCUGGCGACGACACAUAUGGAUCCGGUAACGACCGCAAUGAUAACACGUACGGAUCCAGUACUGGAGCCACAUACGGCGGUUCCACCGGAUCCGAUCGCGAUCGCGACUCCUCCAACACCUAUGGCGGUGGAAACACUGGUGGCGAGUUGAGAGAUACAUAUGGCAGCGGUAACACGGGCCGAGAUACUGGCCGCUCGGAGGCUGGAGCUUACGGAAGCAGCAAUACCUCUGGCACGGGUGGAUAUGGUGGCCGUGAUACCUCUUCCAAUACCAAUACCUAUGGAAGCAGUGACACCUCUGGCACGGCUGGCACAGGUGGAUAUGGUGGCCGUGAUACCUCCAAUACCUAUGGAAGCAGCGACACCUCGGGCACGGCUGGCACAGGUGGAUAUGGUGGCCGUGAUACAUCCAAUACCUAUGGAAGCAGCAACACCUCGGGCACGACUGGCACGGGCGGAUAUGGUGGCCGUGAUACCUCCAAUACCUAUGGAAGCAGCGACACCUCGGGCACGACUGGCACGGGUGGCCGUGAUACCUCUUCCAAUACCUAUGGAAGUAGCGACACCUCUGGCACGGGUGGGUACGGGGAUCGUUCCGACACCGGUGAAUUUGGUGGUAGCACUGCUGGAUAUGGUGGGUCUCGCCGCGAUGAGAGUCCUGGGUAUGGUUCAGGAACGACUGGUGGCGGAGAGCAUAACAAGCCUGGAUUAGGUGAUAAAGUUAUGGGUACUUUGGAAAGUGCUGCCGGGAAGGCUUUGAACAAACCCAACCUUCACGAAAGAGGACAGGAAAGAAAGACCGGAGAUUCUAACUAUUAAAGGAAUGGGUUCCGAAUGAUUAUGGGCAUGAUGGACCUUUACCAAUGUACAAUGUAUAGUUUGAACUGAAAAAUGAUCUACGUUAUGUAGUUAUCUUCAACUUGAUCUUUACUGAUUCGUUGCGGG